AUGAUCAAGAUUGAAUUAAAGAUAAUUGAAGCUAAAAACUUAAAGGGCUCUGACUUUUGUGGGUUAUCAAGUGAUCCUUAUUGUAAGGUCAUCAGUAGACAAUGCACUCAACAAACUCACGUAUGUAAGAUGACAAGAAACCCAUCAUGGAAUAAAUCAUUCAAUAUGGACGUUGCUAUUGGAGAAGACCUUAGAUUUGAAGUAUAUGAUUACGACAAUUUUGGUAAAAACGAUAACCUUGGAAGCACUCACUAUCGUGUAUUAGGUGGCAGUCCUGGUCAAGUAGUUGACACUUGGUUAGGUCUUUCGAAAAAGGGUGAGAUCCAUAUCCAAAUUAUAUACGGUUUAACUGUUGGUGCUCCAGUACAUGGAUGUCCACCCCCAAUGAGAGGAUGCCCACCCCCAAUGGGAGCUUAUCCACCACCACCAAUGGGAGGAUGCCCACCACCACCAAUGGGAGUUUAUCCACCACCACCAAUGGGAGGAUGCCCACCACCUAUGCCAGGACCAGGGGGAUACCCGAUGUCAGGACCAGGAGGUUAUCCAAUGGGAGGAUGUCCACCACCUAUGCCAGGACCAGGGGGAUACCCAAUGGGAGGAUGUCCACCACCUUAUUACAACCCCUUCUAG